GGGAGGAGCGGUUCCAUUGGGGGUUUCCUUUCUUUUUCUUUGCGUGUUGUCAUUUUGACUGACAGCUGUUCCGAUCCUUCUUGACAGAUAUGGUGCGUCUCGGAGCUUUGCGUGGGGGGAAGACUGCCGCUGCGUCGGGUCGUUCGCCCUCCGCCACCAGGGCGGGCACGAGGGAGGCUCCCGUGGAUGUCGAGGCAGGCCGGUCUCGGAAGAGGGCGCGGGAGCCGUCGAGCGGGGGUCUCGAGGUGGUUGAUGCCCCGGCGACGGGAGCCGCGGUGGCACCGGCGAUGGAAGGUGCCGCGGGAAGCCUCGGAGAGGGCGAGGCCGGUCCGAGCGGGGGCGCGGCGGCGGAGGCGGCUCGCCCACCUUCUGUCUGCGAGCUUCUCUGCCUUCCGCUAAGGGAGGAUGAGCCUUACCUGGUGCGGGAGGUGGGUGCUCUCCCUCGCGGCAUGGCCACCGAUCCUCUGGUGGCCCGGUGGGAUGGUCUUACCCGGGGCACCCGGGUGUGGGCCGAGGGAGAUAGCGCGGGCAGGUUCAUCCGUGGCGGGCUCCAUCCUGACAUAGCCCGGGACCUGUACUCCCUGCCUUCCGACGUUCUGCUUAGCAAGGCAGCAAAGUCCUUGUUGUGGGGCAACCACUAUGCCGCCGCUUUGAUGGACCGCGUCCGAGACGCGGGACAAGUCAUCGCCGCCUUGAGCUGUUGCAACGUUGAGCUCCGGUGGCAAGCGGACGAGGCCCGGGCCGAGGCCGGCCCCGAGGCAGUGGCCGCUGUUGAGCAGCAUGCCUUGGGCUCGGAGGACGAGGUGGCGCGGCUGACUUCGGAACUCCAGGCGUCCACCGAGCGACUCGCGGAGUUGCAGUCGCAGCUGGAGGCGUCCGAAGCCCGCAACGCGAAGUCGCAGGCUCAUCUAAAGGCGGCAAUGGUGGAGUCCCGCUCGGCGAGGUCCGACUCCAUCGAGCUGAUUCGGCGUCUGGAGGAGGCGAGGGCCGAGGCGUCGGGGGCUAUCGAGGCCCUGGAUGCCGAGAUCCGCCAACAGCCGGCAAGGGACAAGAAGCUGGUCGAGGACUACAAGGCUUCCUCGGGCUUUCAGCUAGGCCUUGUCCGGACCGGGCGGGUCUCGUAUGAGUACGGAUAUCGGGUCGCCCUUGCCCGCUUCAAGGCGCGCAACCCCGACUCGGAGGUUGUGGAGGAUCCCUUCGGCUCCUUCCCCGAGGACCUGGGCGUUGACAUGCAGGCAGAUGUUCCUUUUGAUGAUAGUCCCGACGCCCCUGAGGACUGAUGUCUUUUGUAUUUUUUGCUUUUGAUGAUCGUUUUGCAACACCCCUUUUGCCUUCGAAUGAAUAUGAUCUAUCUUCUUUCUCAA